CAACGCCGACGAGACACGUGGCGCCUGCAAGAAGUGCGGCCGGGUCGGCCACUUGACGUUCCAGUGUCGAAAUUUCCUCAGCGUGAAGGAGGAUGUGGAGAAGGAUGAGGGAGCGAUCGAGAGGGCGAACGCGAUGUUUGAUAAGAUCAAGAAGAGGAAGGAGGGGAGUGAGAGCGAGAGCGAGGAUGAGGAGGAGAGCGAUAGCGAGGAUUCGGACGAGGAUCCGGAGAUGGAGAGGAUCAUUGCGGAGAGGCUCGGCGGGAAGAGGGGGAAGAAGAGGGCGGAGGUGAAGGAGGUGGAGGAGAGGAGGAGGGGCAGGUCGAAGAGGAGAGGUGAGAAGAAGUCGAAGAGUGAGGAUAGGAAAGAUAGGAGGAGGAGGCGUAGGGAUUCAAGUUCGGAUGAGGAUGAGGAGGAUCGAAGGAAGAGCAGGAAGGAGAAGAGGCGGAGGAGGAGUCAUCAUCGGAGGAGGGAGGAUGAUGAUGAUGAUUCUGAUGAGGGGUCGGAGGACGAGAGAGAUAGGCGUAGGAGGCAUAAACGAAGGCAUGGGCGACAUAGGAAGAGCGAUUUGGGUAGUAGUGAAUCCGAUGAGACUACGGCAAGGAGGAAGAAGCAGUCAGAUGAGAAAAGCAAGCAUCGAAAGCGGGAGGAGAGGAAGUAAUGCAGAUUGUGGAGUCUCAAAGGAACUCCAAGAUAUGUAAUAGGCUUCCACUUUUACAAUUCAACAUACCAGCCAAAUUAUGUUGCAAAACCUCAUUAUCCUCAAGAGCAAUAAGCAAACUCUUAUUAAAGUUUAUUUUUAAACCAGAUGCUGAUUCAAAGCAAUAUAAAAUUAAU